AUGCUGCUUGAGCGGCAGCAGCUGGUGCAGGCGCUGCAGCUGAGUUACCACUGCUCAGCUGCCUGCGCCACCUCCACCGUGAACAGCUAUUACCCCGACGAAGAAAAAUGCCGGGCGACGGUUCAAGGCAAAAUGACCGCUCCGUUCGUGUUGGCUGUUGGGAUGGUGCCGAAGCAACGCGAGUAUGUCGACAGCCUGCGCGACGACCUCGCCGUUGCCUUUCAGCACUUUCCGUAUCUGAACGGUACUGCGAAGCCGCCGGACAAAGAAGAGCAGAAAGGGUGUGCCAAGGCCGUCGCCAGCGGCGAGAGGGGCAGAAAUGGUAGGGCGUCGUCGCCGGCUUCUAUUGACUGGGCGGGGGUGCGGGCUCGCCUCCUGUCACCCAAGAAGGUGCCGCUGUGGUACAUGCACACAGAACUGGUGUUUCCCGGAGACACACACGAUGUGCGCAUUUACGAGAAUGCCUACCAGAGCCUCAUUGUCAAAGAAGGUUUUUCGUACGUGAUUGGCUGCUACGCUUCCGGCGAUGGCGUGGUGCCGGCCCUCGACUAUGUCAAUGCUCGGCUGUGCGGCGAGUCUGUCCAGUCUCUCGCCCAGCGCAUCGGCUUUGACGAUGACGUCGUGGAGGCACUCGAGGGUCUUGAAGCGGAGGUGCCCACCCGUGUUUACACGCGCGUGAACGCGUUUGGCAACAACCCCGCCACAUCGCGCUCCUCCCGGCAGGACAAGGGUCACGCGCAGCAGGUGCUCAAGGAAGCGGGGCUUGCCUACGUUCGGUCCUACGUGACGACACGCGCCGAUGAAGCGGUGGCAAAGGUGGAAGACGGCACACUGCUGCUCCCAGUCGUGGUGAAGCCAAACUCCGGCGCCGGGUCAGAGUUUGUGACGCUGUGCUACACCGUGGAUGACAUACGCGUCGCCUUCUCGAUGGUGGAGGGCGUGCGGACCUCGCAAGGCACAGACGCGGCGCAGCUCGUUGUGGAGGAGUACAUCGAGGGCCCCGAGUACGUUGUGAACACGGUGAGCUACCAAGGCGUGCACGUGGUUACGGAUGUGUGGGAGAGCUGGAAGUACCCGGAACCAGUCGUCACCACAGGCUUGACGCGCAGUGCCGAGGAGGCGCUGCGCGCCGCCGGCAUCAAGCGCCAGAAGCAGCGCAAGAUAUCCAUCCUGUACGACAGGCAGACCCUCAUCACCAAUCUGGCAGACCUGCCGGCGACCCACAGCGCACGACGGAUCGUCGAGUACACGCUCAAGUGCCUCGAUGCGCUGGGACUCGAGAACGGCUGCGGGCACAGCGAGGUGCGCCUUGACACCCGAAAGGCGGCGCGCGAAUUGCGACGUCACGAGCAACGGCGGCCGAAGACGAACAGCCCUUUGGGCAAGGUCAAAGACGAGCACCUCGAUGAAGGAGAACCCAUCCUGAUUGAACUCAACUCUCGCAUGCAAGGCGACAUUCCACGCAGCACCGACGUAAUCGGCUACGACCAGUACUCACUGCUCGUCUACAUCUCAGAGGCUGUGAACGUGUUCGGUGCGGCCACGGCCGCCUCCACCGCGCUGCCUUUCCGCGUCGACUCAUCGCGGCCGCAGCGGGUGGGUGAGAUCCCGUGGCCGCCUGUGCCGCGUCUAUACCGUGCUAGGCCCUCCACUGGGCUACCUCUGGCGACAACUGUGCUGUUCCUGGCGACGGAGGAGGAGUGCAUCCUCAACGGCGUUGCCCUGCGCACCCUCACAGAGCUCGGCACCUUUCAGCGCUUUACCCGAACCAUCUUCAAGCCAAAUCAGCCCGGCUUUGUCACGCCCCUGCGCCACACCGUCGAUCUUUUCUCCAGUCCCACAUCUUGUGUCAUGCAGGGCCCUGCUGCAGCGGUGAAGGCCGACUGCGCAGCCAUCCGGUCCAUGGAGUCGGCAGCGCUCUGCUCGGCGGCGAAGGCGGCGCUCUUCAAGCUCACCUCCACGAUUCAUGAGACGGAGCGGCUGCGCGAGAACGCUCGCAUUAUCGACGGGCGACUGCACGCCAUGACGGAGGCCUAUCGCCGCGCCUCCGCUCAAGCGGGAUCAGCGACCGAUGAGGUCGCCGACGAUGGAAGGGAGAAGGACGAGCAGGGCACGGAGAAUGACUGCUGUUCCUCUCAGCAUGACUUGGAGGCGCUAAGGAGAAGCAUCUCUUCCCUUCAGUCGGAGCUGACGUGGGUGACGAACAACCUCGCCGCCGAUGAUAGACAAGUGCAACUCUUGAGAACCGAGUUUGCGAAGGCGCUGGCGAGUCAGAAGCCUGCCCCCCUGUACAUUAACUACCAGGACUUCUCGAUGAUGAAGGCGGCUGGUGUCGGCAAUGAGCUGGCUGUCCUUUAA